AUGAAGACGGUUCAUUACAAAGAGAUCACCUACCAACAAUACCUCCAAUUGCAACCUGAUCAACAGGAAAAAUACCUGGCACUCUGUCAAAGAGACUUCGAACGAGAGACUGAAAGGAUCGCAUUUGAACGUCAAGGAGGUGUGCCUGGUAUUGCAAGGAAAGUAGCACAAGAGGAAGUCGCUUGGUUCGAUCGUGUCACAACGUGGUCAUAUAUGAAUGCAUAUAUUCCAAAAUAUAGGAGAAAAAGAAACCUUGUCAAAAUCAAUAUGAUGAAAAUACCCAAUGUACAAGAAUAUUAA